CCUGAUUGGCCGCGCCGUGACCCCCCCUCAUUAAUAAAUCCCGGCCGGCCGUGGGGGGUCUUUGUUUCGCGCCGCGGGCGGAGGGUGGAGGCGGCUCCGACCGAUCCCCAGCACUAACCAGCAAUGCCAUCGGCCAUGGAGGGCCCGGAGGUGGGGGAAGACGCGGAUGUCUCGCGCUACGAGGAGACAGAAGACAACAAUGUCAGCCCCACGGACCUGUCAGAGCUGCUGAAGGAGGGCACUAAGGAAUCCCACGACCGUGCCGAGAACACCCAGUUUGUCAAGGACUUCCUGAAAGGACGGAUCAGGAAGGAGCUCUUCAAGCUGGCCACAGUGGCCCUGCACUUCACCUACUCUGCCCUGGAGGAGGAGAUGGAUCGCAACAAGGACAACCCGGUCUUUGCUCCUCUCUAUUUCCCUGUGGAGCUUCACCGGAGGGAAGCACUGGCUAAAGACCUUAAAUAUUUCUAUGGAGAAGACUGGAAAGAGAAGAUCCAGUGUUCAGAGGCAACUCAGCAAUAUGUGGACAGAAUCCAUCAUGUGGGACAGCACGAGCCAGAGCUGCUGGUGGCUCACGCUUACACCCGCUACAUGGGGGACCUCUCAGGUGGCCAGGUGCUGAAGAAGGUGGCCCAGAGGGCCCUAAAGUUGCCCAGUACUGAGGAAGGGAUCCAGUUCUACGUGUUUGAGAACGUUUCCAAUGCACAGCAGUUCAAGCAGCUUUACAGAGCAAGAAUGAAUGCUCUGGACUUGGACAAGAACACCAAGGAAAGGAUCGUGGAAGAGGCCAACAGAGCCUUCAGAUUUAACAUGCAGGUGUUUGAUGAGCUGGACAAGAUCGGCAGGUCGCUGCCAGAAGAAGCCCAAGACGGAGGGUUUCCAGUGCACGACGGAAAAGGAGACAUCCGCAAAUGCCCCUACUACGCAGACAAACUGGGCGCGGCAGGGCCCGGCUGCCCCUUCCACGCCGCGGUGGGUCUGGCCAGGCAGCCCCUCGUGCAGCUGGUGCUGGCAGCCUGCGUGGCAGUGGCGGCAGGAGCUGCAGCCUGGUACAUCCUGUGACUGGCACGGUGUGGGGGCAAGGAGAGAGAUGUGCCCUGUCCGUUUUCAGACCCUUCCCUUGCUGGUGGUGAGUUGGCUGCAGAGUCGGAGUGAGGAAGUAAACGGGAAUCCUGUGGGACUGUCCAAGCCUCCUUGCACACCCCUGUAAUGUGAUGUCUUUAGCUGACUAGUGCCCAGGACUGGUCGGUGUGAGGGGGUGAGGAUUCCACU